ACAAGUAUAGAAUUGUGUUCUUUGACAACCACAGAUGCAUUUAUUGCAUACAAUGCGGUAGUGGUGUACCCUUUCAGUGAGCAUGUAAGUGUGUGUAUGAGCCCUGCAUGUGGUAGUGGUGCUCACUUGACUGCCAGAUUACACACUCAGUAGUCCAUGAAUGCCUAUGAUGGCUGGCCUGUAGUCUCCUAGCCUGUCCAGGAGUGGAGGAGACAGGUGCUAUAAUCUAGACAUCACUGGUCCCAUGUUGUAGUCGUGUGAGCGGACUGCUCCGUGGAUGGUUACAUAGACAGCAUGGGGAUCUCUCACUGUGGAGGAGGGCAGGGUGUCACUUGGCUGAUUCUGCUGCUUAUGUACAUCUUUAGGGAUGUCACAUCAGAUCUCCAGACAUGUUCCUCUGGGACAGAGACCACCACAAACCAAAUCAUUUUGGGUGUGUCUUCAACACAGACCAACACUGAGGGAUGGAUGUGUUCCUGUAGACUGACAGUGUCACAGACAUUACAGGUGGAGAUGUUCCUUGUGGAUAGGAGCUGGUCUCAAGAUUGUUCAACGUACAUGACUAUACAGAAGUGGAAAACUGAUACACAGUGUAGAGGGAAUACUCCUGUGCAACCUCCACCUGCACUGGUUAAGAACGUCACCAGAAGUGAUGAAAUCUGGAUACUACUAGUGGGUUCAAGUGCUGAGACCAAAAAACUGUUUGGAAAGCUGCAGUUCAAAUUUAAGCAACCACAAGCAGGCAAGCUGAACAUUGAGUGCUUUGAGCUAAACAUGAACAGUUCUACAACAACAGCUCCUUCAACAACAUCAACAACAACUGUAACUACAGAGAAACCAACAUCUUCAUCCCAGCCUACCACUGUCACAGAGAUUCCAAGACCAACAAACAGCACACCUCAAAGACAGACCACUUCUCCCAGUGCUGCUACUGUAAGAACUUCUGGAUCAUCUACAUGGUCAGGAGGAUCUCCUGGAGCAUCUACAGGGUCAGCAGGAAAAUCUACUCAAGCUCCUCCUUCACCAGACAGCAAUAAAAAGGAUUCAUCAAUUAACUUCCCAGCGGCAGCAGUAGCAGGUGGUAUUGGAGGAGGUCUGCUGCUCAUCCUGAUCAUCGUCAUCGCUGUCACAUGCUACAGGAGAAGUCGGGAUAAUGAUCAAAGGAUUCUAGAAGUUGUCCCAAAUACAAGCAAACAACACAGUGGCUGUGUGAACCAUUCCUAUGAAAAUGAGGAACCUUUAUCCCACGAAAAUGAUCUCUACCAUUCUAGUGGAGCAUAUAACAAGCACCCAGAAGAACAGAAGCUGGACAAAGAGGAAGACACAAUCCAGAAACAAGACACAUCUACAGUCUCAGGAGCUCCUUCAGCUGAAUCUGGUGGUGGGAUGAAACCUUCAGAUGAUGUGGCUGUUCCAGGACCUGCCCCAAUGUCCAGUGAUAUCUCUGACAUGUAUGCACCUGUGGAUGAAGUUCAAGCAGGAAAUCCUGUGGUCGUAGACAGUGACAUGUAUGCAGCUGUGGAUGAAGUUCAGGCAGGAAAUCCUAUGGUCGUAGACAGUGACCUGCAAGAUACUGGUGAUGACAUUCACGGUGAACAAGCAUCAAAUGGAUUACCUGGCACCGAUGACCUGUAUGCAGUUGUGAACAAGCCUGGAGGACAACCUACAGCAACAGAUGAACCAGGUUCACCGGACGGCAUAGUCAGUCCAUCUGGAGACAUCUACGCUGUUGUGGACAAGUCAAAGCCAGUUGAGGAUUCUGCUACUGAUGGUGACGUGUAUGCUGUAGUAGACAAAUCCAGAAAGCAAAUCAAGGAUCACAAUGGUUCUGGUCAGGGAGAUGAUUUAUCAGCUGAUGACCAGGAAGCAGCUCUCAGCAUGAUGAACUCUGCAUUAGAGGAUGGGUUGGAUGAUACUACACCACCAGCAUAUCCAACAGUCCAGUCCACUGACCUCUAGGGACAUUCAAAAGCUGAAAUGCCCUGAUAUGUGUUUUUCGUGCUACAAGAUCCAUGAAGAUGGAGCAGGCUGUUCCCAUGAACAGUUGGUAACAUUUGAAAACACAUUAUUAAAUCAAUCAAGUUGGUUACCCUUAUAAUGUAGAAAUAUUAUGUUGGUUUACAAAUGACACUAUUAGCAAUGUACUACAAUCCCUGAAGGUUAGUGCAUCUGAAAAUGCGUAAUGUCAUGUGACUUACUUAGAAAAGGGGGUUCAUAUGCCAUGGUACAACUCGCUGUAAAGAGUUGUGUCCCCUUACUAGAUGCCAGUAUCUCAUGGUUGUGGGUUUAGAAAUUCAAAUUCGUCUAUUUAUGACCUUUCAUUUGUUCACAACAUACCCAUUACUGUGGGUUUCACCUAAGCCAUAAAUGUCUACCCUGCACAUUAAACUGACACUGAGCUACCAUUCCAAAAGAUUGUGAACCCAACACAUUGGCUGACUUUGAAAAGUUAGAUUACAUUAGUGUACCCCAAUGGAUAUAUUUUGAAUGGUUACCUCCCAUUUGUCAGCUUGAAAGUUCGACAAGUCAUUGUGAUAGCCCACUGAGUCCUUAGAAUGAAGGUAGACACAUAGCUGCUUUGUAGAAAAAAGAACUUCCUGGUUGAAUUACAUAAAGCAAAUGUUCUCAUAUAUGAACUUAAGCUUGAUAAUCUGUUUAAGUUUGAAAUAUAUGGUCACCAUGACAAAAGUCACCUUCCAAAUUCCAUGUAUGUAGGAUGUGUCUGGAAAGAAACUGGCCACACAGUUGUGAAUAUGCCAGAAGGGGAAAAUCAUUGACAGAUAUGAGAUCAUGUGUAGGCCAAACAUCAAACAUUAUGUAAUGCAAAAUUAUUCAGUUCUGUAAAAAGAAAACAUCCCAGAAUAAUUGAAAGCAAAUAACACUGUCUAGAUAAUUCAUAAAUAUAUUCACAGCAUACUCUACAAUAGAUACAGAAGACUAUCCUGACAAACUCAAUUGCCAUUUACAUCACAAUGAAUUUAAAUUGAAUUAAAAAUGUUACACUUAACUUUCAAUUCUAAGUUAUAGGCAAGUAAAGUAAAGCAGUAUUUGCAGCAAAGGGAUACAUCUACACUAGAAAUAAGCUUACAUUGUGAUUGCCAUGUGAUAAUGUUGUGAUGGCCUACAAUAGAUGUAUGACUGAGCCAGGUGAUACAUAUGGGAUAGAUAGGUUGAGCUCCUGCCACAUGGUAAUUAUCCUCGAUAUGCUUGACAGGAGACAAUAAUCAGGUGUGAACACCAGGAACAUUAUAGAUGCAGCCUGUUGCAUUCUGUUGAUGAUAUAUGUGUCUGCAGCUGGAGCCAGGACAUAUGAAUAGAUCUUGAUUCAAACAGUGUAUAAGGCAACACAAUAUUGUUACAGGAGUGAGACACUUAUAAUGGGGACUUCUAAGUGUAACUUAUUAGAUAAGUAAUGUAAUUUGUCAAAGAAAUCUAGCAGAAAUUCAGCAUCACAGUACUAUAUUUUCUUGUGAAUAAUUAUGUGCACUUGAGUAUAACGCAUACCAUGGGUAAAAGUGUUGGGGAAAUUGCUUUUUGAUAUAUUGUGUGCAGUCAAAAUGUACAUUGUGUUGCUUCAGUUGAACAAACAGGGCCUUGUUUCACGGAGUGAUCUUAUGUUUAAGCAUUGGAUUUCAAUUAUCUUAGCGCUAAGUUCACUUUGUGGGAUGGGGCCCUCGAGACAUAAUAAACUUGGUCAACCAAAAUGUGAAUUUUAUGAUAAAGUAAUAUUUUGUGAGGAAUGUCUUUAUCAAAGAGAGUUGAUCCUGCAUAAGUGUUUUUGUUUAUUUUAUCAAGGAGCUUUUGAUUUAUAGCUAAAAAAAGCUUGCUUUAUUUUCAAGCAGUCUGAUUGUACAUACCAAUACUUGUGAUAAGUAAAACUUGUCUAUACCAAAGGAUCACCCCCAAAUAGUUAAAUGUACACCAGCGUAAUUCCAACCAUAUACAACACACCACAGCUUUAUCAAUCUGCAUAGAAAAUACCGACAGUUUGGGAUCAAUUGAAAUGUAGCUAUCUGCCAAAAUUAGACCAAUAUUUCUUUUUUUAAUUAAAGUCUGGGAUUUCAGACAAGAAAUGGUCCCUAACAACCUAUGCUUGUUAUAUCUUAAAUGGAUCAAAGGGUCAAGCCCGAUGACUUGUUUCAUUGACCAUCAUAAUGCCCAACAUUGUUGGAUAGGACUCAUUAUUAGUGCAGACUUAUAUGGUCCAGAAUUGAUCAUUUACAAGCUGCAGUCAUAAAUCAAGAAUAUUGCUGAGUGAUUCCUUAAACAUAAACAUAAAAAUGAACUGAGUUGAGACAAAUGUAGCCAAUGUAUUGUUUCACUACAGUUGAUAAUCUAAUGCCGCACCUAAACAAAUGUGUAUAUCGUGAGAUGUAAUGGAUCUAGAGAGUCAUCAAUGUUUCUGUAUGUAUGCUAUUUUUGCCUGGCUUGCAAUGCUUAUCAACAGAAACUAUAUUCACUAUGCAUAAUUAAAUUAUGUUUUAUCAUAAUAUACUUCUAUUCCAGUGAAUUCUUUUUCUAAAAAAUCCAUAUUGGUUUGAACACUUUUGUGUAUCUAUGUAACAUAUGGUUAAUCAAAUGAUUUACUAGAGCAACACUAACCACUGUCUAUGUAGAGUGCCAUAUGGGUAUCUGGUUUGUGGCUGCUAGGUUUAGCUCAACAGAGUUCUCUAGCAGUGUAUUUAGUCUUCAGUUACUGCAAAAUAGUCCCUUAACUUUACAAAACAACAUAAUUGUAAUUUCUGGUGAAUUCAUAAAAUGUGAUUGACAUUUCAUAGUCACAAGUAAUGAUACAUUUCAUUCAAGAGCUGACUUACAAUAUCACUGUCAUACAAAUAUAAAUGACCUCACCAUCAGAGGUUAAUGUAAAUUUAGUGAUAAUUUUACACCUGUAUCAAUGAUGUGUUGUACUCAGUAUUGGUUAGCUACCGUAUUUUCUUGCGUAUAGUGCGCACUUUUUUUAAAAAAAAACACAGCUGUGUAGAAGGGGGUGCGCAUUAUAUAUGAAAUAAUGAGUUUUGAUGUUUUUUCCCCAUUGAUAGAUUUUACCGUGAGCACGUAACACCGGAAAUACCAUGUCAACAAAUCCAUACUGAAGUACGCAAAAUCAUCAUGUAAUUUCACUGACUACAAAAAGUGUUCUUUGUAUAUCUUGACUUAUGUAUAUAACUUAUUUCAUUAAUUUUAUUCAAAAUUCCUUUUAAUAUUGUUUUAAUAAAUUUCGGCGAAAUCGUGUGAUCGGAAGAUCGCACAACUCAUCGUUAUUAACAGCAACCACGGUCAGAUUACCGCUAUUGACGCCUUGAAACAAACAUUAGUUGACAGAGAAUGGAUACAUCAACCAGUCCGAGUCCUUAUCAGAUUAGCCACCAUAAGGAGUCCUUGCAACUACAUUGUAGCUUAUAUUUAUUUCAUAGUACUGUUUCCCAAAAAACUCUUGCCAAAGACUAGCCUUUAUUUAGUGUAAAAAGAGUGUAUAUAUUCGUAACUUAGACAGCCUUCCUUCAUUGCUUGGUACUGAUCUGUUCACUAAAAAUAUUACAAAUGUGGAAUAACAUUAAGUGUUGUUUUAACUAAUGUUGACAACGUCAAUCUAUACAAAAGUAAACUACAAAAUAAUGCUGCAACAGGUAUUUCCCUAAAACACUGUUUAUUAAUCUAAACUGUAUGGACAAUUCUCUUAAGAAAUUGAUUAAAAAAAGACAUUGUUUUAAAAAUCAAUCUGACCCUAUAGUUGUGGAAUACAAUUCUGUAAAGCAAGCAACACAACAAGAAGGCUAUAUCAUAGUGUUGCAUUGUUCUGUGAGCAGUCUGCUGGAAAGCUGAACAUUACAGGGCUAUACAAUCAUCACGCUAUCGCAUGCAUCAUUGCAAAUAGCCUAAAUCAACUCUUUCCUCACCUUGUAUAGACGGAUAGGGAAAAAGAACAUUAAAUACGUGUUGUCAUAACUGUUUUUAUCAUGAAAUCUGAAAUGUUAUCAGUUGGUAUUGACUGCCAGUUGACUGAUUGCGUAAUGGAUGCUACACAAGUUUUUAAUUUCAAACACAUUUCCUCAUUUUAACAGCUCUGUAAUGUUGAUGUUAUAUUUAUAUGACCACAGAAUUGUAUUCGAGUACUGAGGAUUGCAUGUUAUCAUAUGCAGUACAAAUGUUUGAUUCAUGUAAAGACAGUGAGUAUUUCAUAACCAAUGGAGAAAUGUCACUGUUUAAGUUAGGAAACAGGACUGCGCCGGAUCAGAGACCAUAUAAUAGAUAUUAUAUGGUCUCUGGCCGGAUUGAACAUCCCAAAGAAUAGAUAUGAAACUCAAUCCAGGUGAUUGAACAGGAUUUUUAUUAUACCAGGGGACAUUUAUCUUGACAUUUUUUUCACGCUUAUAAUUUUGUCAAAUAAAUAACUUAUUUCAAUCUACCAGCCUUGCAAUGAGGAGUUGUCUCCCUUCUGGAGAAAUUCUGAAAUUGUGUACCGAUAUUAUGUUUAGUCACCUCCCUGACAUCAAUGUUUUGUGUGUGUCAGUAUCAGUUUUAUCAUUGUUUGCUGUUUCUCUUGGAGCGUAAAAUAAAUACAUUGAAUAAUUGCAUGUUGUACUGUUAAAAACAAUCUUUAUUGUGUAAAUAAAAUAGCAUCAAUGCAAACAUUAACACAUUUAAUGUGAUAGAAUUCUGAGAUGCAAUGAUUGGAUCCGAUACAAUGGACUAUUUUUUUAUGAUCCUUAUGUACAUAAAAUAUUGAGUAUUUGUUAUUGAUUAGCUUUGAUAUUUCGAAAACAUGCAACCGAAAGUGCUUUUAUCACUCACAUCCUGAACUACCAUCAUUCUAUUUGAUAAUCAGGUUUUGAUAAUAAAGUCUCCUUUGACUAGA